AUGGUUGAUUUGAGGUUUGUGUUGACGGAGGAUAGUUCUCCUGUUCCCAGUACAACAGCGAACCAAAAUGUUCGGGACAUCUAUGAUAGGUGUGUAAGGGCUAAUGAGAAAGCUCAGGCCUACAUCUUAGUAAGUAUAUCUGAUAUACUUAAUAAGAAACAUGAGGUUAUGCCCACCGCCCAUGAGAUAAUGACGUCGCUUCAGGAGAUGUUCGGGCAACCGUCAUCCUCUGUUCGACAUGAAGUCAUUAAGUAUGUUUACGUUACUCCCAUGAAAGAUGGAACCAACGUUAGAGAACAUCGAUAUGAUGGUCCAUUUUAA